AUGUUGGUUCAAAAAUCGAGAGUUAAAUGGCUUAAGGAAGGUGAUUCUAAUAGUGGUUUCUUUCAUAAGGUGAUGAAGGAAAGGAGAAGUCAUAACCAUAUAGGACUCAUAGUUACGGAAGGUGGAUUGUUGGAUUCGGUCUCAGAGAUUAAGGAGGAGGUUCAGAAUCAUUUUUCAAACAAGUUUAUUGACUGGGAGAAGGAUAGAUUGCCAUUGGAAGGGAUUGAUUUUAAAAGUACUAGUAUGGAGGAUAGUUUGUCGCUUGAAAGUCCUUUUCAAGAGGAAGAGAUUAAGGAAGCCAUUUGA